GGCCCUGAGGAGUCUUCAGGGUUUGGAGGAGGGGCGUGAGUGCGCGGCAAAACGGGCGGGAAGGAGCAAAAAAGGAUUAGGGCGCGCUCCGUGGUGGUUCCCGUUCUCACAGUCGCGAGGCCCAGGAACCAGUGUUGCGCGAGGGGAAGGCGGGACGUCCAGGGUCAUCUUUUAAGCAUGCAGCUGAACUUGGUUUUUUCAAUUUGAGAGUAUCUUUUAACAGCUCUCAGGGCCAUUUCUGAGCAAUAGAGGUUACAAGUACUCCACUGAACAACCAGUUCCAAAUCCUGUCCUCAAAUCCUGUGCUUCUGUUCCAAAUGGUAAUAGAUGCCUAAUAUUUCUUUUAUAUAAAAGAAAUGAGUAUAGCUAGUAUUACAUUAAGAGUUGAAACCUGGCUUUUAGCUACAUGGCAUGUUAAAGUGCCUUUAAUGUGGCUGGAAGCUUGUAUUAACUGGAUCCAAGAAGAAAAUGAUAAUGUUAAUUUGAGUCAGGCACAAAUGAAUAAACAAGUGUUUGAGCAAUGGCUCCUUACUGAUCUGAGAGAUUUGGAGCAUCGUCUUUUACCUGAUGGCAUUUUAGAAGUUCCAAAAGGAGAACUGAAUGGAUAUUUUGCUCUGCAGAUUAAUUCAUUUGUUGAUGUAAGUCAACCUGCGUAUGCCCAGAUACAAAAGUUGAGAGGAAAGAAUACAACCAAUGACCUAAUUACAGCUGAAACACAAGUAACCCCAAAACCUUGGGAAGCAAAGCCUUCACGAAUGUUGAUGCUACAGCUUACUGAUGGAAUUGUACAAAUACAGGGGAUGGAAUAUCAGUCUAUUCCAGCUCUUCAUAGUGAUCUUCCUCCAGGUACAAAAAUUUUGAUUUAUGGAAACAUUUCUUUCCGUCUUGGUGUUCUCUUAUUGAAACCAGAAAAUGUGAAGGUGUUGGGAGGAGAAGUAGAUGCUCUUUUAGAGGAAUAUGCCCAAGAAAAAGUUCUUGCAAGAUUAAUUGGGGAACCUGAUCCUAUAGUUCCAGUCAUACCAAAUAAUUCUAACCAAAGCAUCCCCAGAAUUACAGAUGUUCUACAUCCUGCAUUAGGACCUUCUGAUGAAGAACUCUUGGCAAGUCUUGAUGAAAAUGAUGAGCUUGCAGCAAAUAAUAACACCUCUUUGGAAAGAAGUUGUUUCAGCACAGGUAGUUCUUCAAAUACUGUUCCCAUCAGACAGUCAGAUUUUGAACCAGGACUUGUUAUUUCUCCAAGAUCAAAGGAGAAACCACAAAACCAGUCUAUGCUUUUUACUGAUGAGGAAUUAGAUGACUUUUCAUUGGAGGAGGCCUUGCUUUUAGAAGAAGCUGUCCAGAAAGAACAAACAGAGACCAAAGAAUUACAGCCACUGACUUUGAACAGAACUGCAGAUGAAAGUAUAGAGAGAUUUUCAUAUAGAUCUAAUACUCUGAAUAAUUUUUCUUUGAUUUGCAAAAAUGGAAAUAAUAAUUGGAAUGAAAAAAAUUUAUCUGAGCAAAUAACUAAUGAAGACAAAUCUUUUAGUUGUUCAUCUGCUAGAGACCAAAACAGUAGUAUUGUUUCAGUUAAUCAUAUUGUACCCCUACCCCAUAAUUUUACAAAUAAAGAUAACAACUCAGAGACAUAUAAUAAAAUAAAACAAACCAGCAGUUCAGAUGGACAUUCCUUAAAUAAUAAAAUAUUAAACGGAGAGCUGGUCAAUUAUGUACCAAAAAGUUGUUCACACAUUUCUAAUAAAAAUGAGCACCACUUACAGACUUGUUCUUCAAGAUCAUCAGAGAAUAGCACUAAUCUUUCUAUCACCAUGGAUUUAUAUUCUCCACCUUUUAUCUAUUUGUCUGUUCUAAUGGCCAGCAAACCAAAGGAAGUUACAACAGUGAAAGUCAAAGCAUUUAUUGUAACCUUAACUGGAAAUCUCUCAAGUUCUGGUGGCAUUUGGAGUAUAACAGCAAAAAUUUCUGAUGGUACUGCAUAUCUAGAUGUAGACUUUGUAGAUGAAAUACUUACUAGUCUGAUAGGGUUUUCAGUGCUAGAAAUGAAACAGUUAAAAAAGGAUCCUUGUAAAUACCAAAAGUUCCUGGAAGGUUUGCAGAAAUGUCAGAGAGAUCUAAUAGAUUUGUGCUGUCUAAUGACUAUUUCAUUGAAUCCCUCCUUGUCUAAGGGAACGGUACUGGCAUUACAAGAUGUUAAUGUGGAACACCUUGAGAACCUAAAGAGGCGAGUAAAGAAAUAAUUUACUAGCAAACAAUUUAAAAAAAACAAGGAAAUAUUUAGAAUUAAAUUUGUCCUUUUACUUUUCACAACUUUCUUUUUGUAAAAGGGGAAAAGGAAGUUUCAUAACUGAUUUCAGUCUAAUUUUAAAAUGUUUAAUUAUGUUUGUGUAUGUAAGUUUUUUAAAUAAAUUUUUUAUAGUAACUGCUGAAGCAAUUUGAUGACCCACUGUUGUUGAGAAAUUUUGUUUUCCACUUGUUAUUUCACAUAAGGUGACUGCUAAAGUACUGUAUUGGUGUUUACUGAUGAAUCAUACUGUUGAAAGUUAACAAUUACAAAUAGGUAGUUGAGUACUUCUAAUAUGUAGAGUACCCCAAAAGAUUUGUUUAUAUUAUUAGGAAAAAAUGUAAAUCCAGUGGAUUAAAAUGUCAGACUCAGAUACAAAUUGUUUUGCUGGUUUUUGUUUUGCUGAUUGGAAAUAUUUGGUAUAUUUAAAACAAAUAUUAUCUUAACUAGAUACCA